AACCACAUCUUUUGGCUCAGUCUCGGCUUGUUGGGAAGCAGUCAGCUAUGAGGCUCCAUUAUCUGCUAUUUGCAUUCCUCAUCUUGUUCUUGGUCCCUGUUCCAGGGGAUGCAUUCAUCGAGAAAACCCUCCGAAAGUUAUUCUGCAGAGUAAGAGGCGGCCGGUGUGCUAUGAUCAGCUGCCUUACAACAGAAGAACAAAUAGGUAAAUGUUCUCAGAAAGGUCGAAAAUGCUGCAGAAAGAAGAAAUAGAAGAUCCAGAUUCAGGCUGAGGAUGUCAUCAUUGGGGGGAAUCCUCUUGGGGUUGUAUAAAAGUAAAUCAAGUU